GGGUAGAAAGCGUCGUGCUGGUGCACCAAAAAGCGUUGUUUAUUUUUAUACAUGUGGAAAUGUCGCUAACGAUGUUAAAGUAUGCUUUAUCUGGCCGCUACAUUUCUGAGCAUGCAUUAGCUCUCUUCAAAGCGAAUGUAAACCUUAAUUUUAAUAGAACUAUCGCCAUAAGUUGUACUCUGUAUGGCAAAAGGAAUUUUAGAAAAUUUUUAUAUCACAAGAGGGGCACUCCUUUGGAUCUUAACUAUUUUAAAAAUAAUCCAGAAUUAGUCGAUCUAAGGGGAAUGAGACUUCCUGGCUAUUAUGAUGAAAAUAAAAAACUUGUAAAAGUACCAGAAAUGGUUCCUGAGCUAGUAGUUCCAGAUCUAACAGGUUUUCAUCUCAAGCCUUAUGUUUCGUAUCGAACUGAAGAUAUAGUACAAGAAAAAUUCAUGCCUGAACAUUUGUUUUAUGCAGUUUAUGCAAAGAAGCUGAAAAAAGAUUUUGAAGAGGGAAAACUUGACGAAAAUGGAAAUUCUUUAGAGCCAUCAGAAAACGAAAAAAUGACUGCUGAGGAAGCAUGGUGUAAAGCUCGAUCCACAGGAAGUGAUAUUUUUGGAUAGUCAUUUUUCAAUUAUUUGAUGAACAAAUACAAUAGUAUUUAAUGCUUAAAAGUUUAUUAUGCUCCGAAUUACUUAGAUGUUUGUGAAUAUUAAGGUAAUAAACAAAUUUAUUAUUA